AUGAGCGCCCCUUCUCCCAAGAAGAAGAAUGGCGGCAACACCUCCGGUCCCCGGCAGAUUCGUUUUGUUGCUACUGAUGGUCAGCCGCAGACCAAACGUCGGCGCGUCAAUGCCGCCUGUUUAACCUGUCGCCGGCGCAAAAUUAGAUGUUCAGGUGAACAACCAGUAUGCAAAACAUGUUCCGACUACAAACAUGUUUGCUUGGGAUACACCGAAUCGACUGCCCACCUCCGAUCGCAAUCCGACUCGGCUUCACGAAUGCCGCCAGUCCCUCCCUUCGGCCCUAACGACCAAACAAAUCCUCACGACGAGCGAGCCGUAGAGAGCUGCUCGCCCGAACCAGGGUCCAAUAUAAGAUCAAAGCCUACAUCGAAAAUAAAACCCGAGCAGUCGCCGACGUCAAAAAAGUCAGAUUCUAAAGAUACCUCAUUAUCUCGAGAUACCUCGGCACGAGUUCAUAAAGAGAGCACAUCGCAAGCCGAUGGUGAUAGUCCCGAAAGCAAUUCACACUCUCCUUUACGGAGCCCUAAAACAUCCGAUCCCCCAACAGGACCAUCAGCACCCACGAUGGACAGCCAUGACAACAGAGACACUAAUACGAUUCCAUUUUACGACCGAGAUGACACACUUCCAGUAUCGGGCCUUGUCUCCCAUUUGAGCGAGCUCUUUUUUGCGCAUCUAGGAUGCAGUUUUCCGUUUCUUCAGCGUGAUAGGUUUCUUCAAGAUCUUAAGGAGAAGAAGAUCGAUACUAUGUUGGUAGAUGCCGUAUGCGCGCUGGCUGCAAGGUUUUCCCCACACCCAUUACUUGGCCCUCCGCAGGCGCAGCCCAUCGAUCGUUCGCAGCCGCCUGCCGAUAUCAAAAUGUGGGAUAAAGGACUGCCUUUUGCCCACCGAGCGAUAAGUGCCCUCGUGGAUUCACUAUCAUGCCCAACCCUAGCUGGUGUGAUGGCCUGUCUCCUGCUAGCUUAUGAGCAAUUCGGGUCGAAUCACGAUAGUGGUCUUUGGAUGUACCUGGGAAUCUCGAUUCGAAUGGCACAAGAUCUCGGACUUCAAAAGCACCAGGGUCUGAAGCACAACUAUGGACGAAAAGGCGUGACACCGAGUGAGGUUAUGACUGGCCAAGCUGGAACGCUGCGAGAGGACCAGUAUGAUGAUCCGGAUGUAUACAGUACCCAAACAAUUCCACCGGCCUUCGGUACAGAACGAGCCAGGGAGAGGGAACGUGUCGAUUCUUUCUGGAGCAUAUUCUUCUUGGAUCGGGUCAUCUCAUCUGGAACCGGUCGGCCUGUAACGUUGCGGGAUGAAGAUAUCGAGCUUUGCUUCCCACUGCAAUCUGAGUCACAGUUACCAAAUGGGUGGCCUUCACCGUUCCCGCCGCUUAUACGGGUUAUUCAUCUCUACGGAAGAGUGACUGAUCUUAUAAACGGAAUUCAAGAUGUCAAACAUGUCACCCCUGACACCCUUAAAAGGUUGGCUGGCAUGGAAAGUGACUUGACUGGUAUUUAUCAGCGCUUGUCUCCCAAGCUUCAUUUCAAUGCUGCCAACUUCCAAGCAUACGUGAAAGCCAAGGAAGGAACAAACUUUAUUCUUCUUCACUUCUGGUUUCAUACUCUCAUUGUUCUACUUCACCAGCCCACUUUGCUCAAUUCGUUUGGUGGCUCGAUACAACAUUUGUACCCGAACAGUCGUGAACUCUCAAUGUCAUCAGCCAAGACAAUUGCUGACAUUAUUUCCUUCUCGGAACUGGUCGAUGGGAAAAGCUUCAUUGGCAACCCAUUUACCAGCCAACCAAUGUACAUUGCAGCGUGCGCCUUCCUAAUGGAAAGUGCAUACUACUCGUCAUCAUCUUCCCGAGGAACGUCACCCCCACCACAGCCAUUAUUGAGUGGCCAAUCCAGCGGGUUUGUGCUGCCUACGAUGGAAUCAUCAAGCGGGCCGGAGCGUAAAUCUACCGCCAAACAUAUAUUGCUUGCCUCAGCUGCCAAAGAGAACUAUCAACGAUGCUACAAAGCAUUGAAAGGGUUGGAAGCGUACUGGGAAGGCACGGGGUACAUUUUGACAGUGCUGGACCAAAAGGCCAAGGGGAUCGUAGAUCCACUUCUCUACACUGCAGGGGAUAUCGAAAAUCCCGCGGGCGAUGGACAAUUUGGUGCCACUGGCUGGGGCCAACCACAAACUCCAGCAGACCGUGGUCAAAUGAGUGACCGAGCUGGCGUGGCUGAUGUUUCAUCCGAUGCCAAAUGGUCACGGGAGAUUGACCCAAGUCAAGCUAUUGGAUGGGCACUGACUGGAGCGACCAAUUCGUCUCAGCCUAAUCUGAGUCUCCUAUACCAGAUGCCAACGGCAGAUCAUCAAACACCUUCUACAAAAUCACCUUACUCCUCACAAUAUAGCCACAGCUACCCCACUGUACCUACAGUGACAACUGCUGGCGGAACCUCGACACCUUACUCGCAUCCUGUUACUGGCGGGCCCCAUGGGCCGUCUCUCACUACCAAUGCUAAAUACCCGCAAAUACCCACGCGAACGAUUGGCGCCGAAUCACCGUAUUACCUCGGUAUGAAUUCCCCGUACGCCGAGCCAGGAUCUAGGGCCGCUGCUUCGGCUCAGUCUAGCUUCAACCAGAGCCUUGCCUCUGCUCAGAUAGAUAGCCAGUCUUCCGCAUUCAGCUACCCCGUUUCAACUACAGCAGCAGCAGACCAACAUGGGAGCAGCGCACAUAUACACCCAUCCCUGCACGCCAAUCAUGGAGGCAUGAUGAUCGAAAGUCACGACGUCGACAUGAAUACGCUCCACCACCAGGAAUCAUUUCCAUUUUCAAACGGGGAAAUUUUGCCUUGGUUGGAAUAUCUGCCCCAAGAUGUCCUUAGUUUCUUUGGGGACGGCCAUAAUUACCCUCUCAUAAGCCCCGAUGAUACCGCACCUCGGCCGCCGCCGUAA